ACAAAAUUAUUCCCAAUUGAUAAAAAGUUGUGCCUGGAAAUACACAUAUAUAUAUCAGCAAAAAUGAACAAAAUUUGUCAAAUUUUAUUGCGACCGAGCCUGGCUAACAACUUGGCCACAACAAUGCGCACGAUGCCAGCGCUAGUAGCAUCUCCACGGUGGUACAGCGCGGACGCAGCUGCUCCGCCGGCCGCAGUGGAUAAGGAGACACUGGACAAGCUGGUGCGCACCAACAAAGUGGUCGUAUUCAUGAAGGGCAAUCCACAGGCUCCGCGCUGCGGCUUCAGCAAUGCUGUCGUCCAAAUCAUGCGCAUGCAUGGCGUCCAAUACGAUGCACAUGAUGUCCUGCAAAACGAAGCACUGCGUCAAGGAAUCAAGGAAUACACCGAUUGGCCAACCAUACCACAGGUGUUUAUCAAUGGCGAAUUCGUCGGUGGCUGUGAUAUUAUGAUGCAGAUGCAUCAGAGCGGCGAUCUAAUCGAGGAGCUCAAAAAGGUGGGGAUUACCUCUGAGCUGCUAAAGGCCGAGGAGGCCAAAGAUGCGACGAAAAAGUAACCCAA